GGGCUCGCUCAGCGUUUUCCGUCGCGCUGGUGUCAGUUUCUUUCGGAUCGCCUCUUGGGCAAGAGAGAAUGUACCAGUUGGUGUAUCGCGGCUCCUUCGUGGACACCCGUUUCUACGUUUGAAUUACACAUUUUUUCUCCUCCGCGCUUUCUGCGAGUCGUCGCCGCGCCGCCGCCGCCGCCUUCGUCGCCGCUUCUAGUGAGUUUUUAAUCAAGUUGGGGGCUUAGAGUCCAACCGAGCAGCCAAGGAGCUCUAAACAGUGUCACCAGCCGUCGAGUGGAGCGCGACAGUAGUAUAGCGGCCAGCGUGAACGCGCAACAAGAAUAGCACUACAGCAGUCGGAGUGUGUCGUGUCGUGGUAGACCGCAUAUUUAGGAGGAAACUAGUUUUUUUUCUUCAACGCGCGCGCGAGGGCUGCCUCUUACAUACUUUCGAACGUUUUUUUUUCUUACUUCUUGCGAACGAACGGUGUUUGUGUGGACAAAACGAUUCAGUGUUUAUCCCCUUGGCGCCUUGUACUACAUACCAGCCGCGAACCAGAGGCUCCGGAUUGGGUCGUGGCCUUAGGAAAAGCGCUUUUCAUCGGAUCAUCGAGUGCUCUUGAAUGUGAAAAUGCUAACAGCAGCAGCAGCAGCAGUUGGAUCGCAGUCGCUGUUUACGUGAGCUGCACGCGCGCUCUCCUCUACGAGGCGUACAGGGAAGGAAAAACGGGCUACUUCGAUCCCGCCAUCCAGGCCACAGGGAAAAUACAGGGCAACGCAAGUCGCGCAGUGUUGGAAGGAAAAGUCUCUUGUUGAGACGUGGUGGUGAGUGAGUGCAAGUGAGAGCGCGUUCGGUGAAAAACGGAAGAUUUUCAGAUUCAGUGCAACAACCGCGGCGUGAAGUGUUUGGGGGAAGAAUACGACAACUAGCGCAGGGAAAAGUCCACGGAUUUCCGAUUUUGGCGAAGGAAAUGUGCGAAGAUCUUGCGCGAGAGUUUCGGGUUAGUCUUCGCCGAGCGAACCGUGGUGCGUGUGAGUGGUGAACGGGAGACUCCAUGGACCGCCAUGGAGCACAAGUGCGCAUAGCCUACUACAGUGGUUUAUCGAAUCGUCACAGCAGGCCGUAUCAGUCCAAGGCAUUGUCACCUUCGGCGUAGCAGGCGCAGGCGAGGUGAAAAUUGUCUGGUCAUUCCGAGAGAAUUGCAAUUGCGCUGGAAAAAGUUCUUCAAAGUGUGGCGAAGAAAGUGGUUAAAGGGUGAUAUUAAGUGAGAAAAAGUUGGAAAACGGCAGCGGCCACCGAGUGCAAGAAGCAGAAGAAGAAGAAGUGAAAGAAGCCGCGAAAUAGCUAAUAAGAAAGUGUUUGUGGAGCGAGCGAGUGAGCGAGCAGCGAUCGAGCCAAGUGAGUGCGGGAAGAAAGCAAGAAGAGCAAGACGAAGAAAAUAUAGGUUCCAAUCGAAGAUCGCCUUCGCCGAGGGAACCGCAGCGAUACCAGCGCAGCCUGCCGCAGCACACAGCACAGAGAGUUCGAGACUUGGGAAGCCGCGCACUGGAGAGGACGGGAUAAAUUAUGCCAAAAAGUUCUAACGAUGCAGAUUUACCACUCGGCUGGGAGAUUAACACCGAUUUUGAUGGGAAGGUUUAUUUUAUUGAUCAUAUUAACAAGAAGACCACAUGGAUCGAUCCUCGCGACAAACUCACCAAGCCCGAAUCGUUCGCCGACUGCAUCGGAAAUGAGCUACCGUUCGGGUGGGAGGAGGGCUAUGACCCCCAGAUCGGGACCUACUACAUCAACCACCACUCGCAGACGACCCAGCUCGAGGACCCCCGGCAGGAGUGGAAGAGCAAGCAGGAGGAGAUGCUCCGGGAAUAUCUCUGCUCCGCACAGGACACACUGGAGGCAAAGAAGGAGAUCUUCAACGUGAAAACGCAACGGCUGCACCUGGCCCAGGAGGAGUACAACCACCUCAACGCGCUGGCCGCCAGCCGGACUAGUUUAUGUUCUUCAACUAGUUCAUGUAGUACAAAGUUCGAUCCGGAGCUGCUUCGGGCGGAUCUCGCCCUGGCCAAGGAGCGCGUGUUCCGCCUCAAGAAGGAACUGUCCCGGAUACAUAAGGAAAUGCAUAAUACUCAAAAGGGAGUGGAAACUCUGUUCAGUGUCGAGCAAAAGCUGAACUCCCACAUCAAUGGCUGCUACAACAUAACGGAAGCGCAAGCCAUCUACGAGGAGAUCAAGAUGAUUCAGAAAUCUCUGAUAACGGGCGAGGAGGAGAAGAAAGAACUGAUCAAGAGUCUGGUGCAGGUCAAGGACGAUCUGACGAGGCUACAGCUACGGCAGGAGAGUCCUGAUGCGUCCACCUUCAACCUGGCGCAGGAUCGAGUAUGCGCGGCGUCGCAGACCGAUCUGUCGUCGGACAACUUCCCCAUGGGAGCGCGGGAGAUGGCCAAGAUGCGCCAGAGGUACGACGAGCGACGGAGGCACAUCAAAGAAAUACAGAAACAGCUGGCAGCGCUGGAGGAAAAAAUCCGGCCCGGGGAGGUCGAGUCCGACCAGGACCGGUUACUGCUGUUCCAGGAGAAGAAACAACUCCUUCUGGAGUACCGCAGCAUAACGCCCAAGUCCCGGUCGCAAACCGAGAUGAAGCGAAUACAGAGCGUGUGCAAGAAGCUGGAAGCUGACCUGAACAUGGCGUACGAAGAGUCCAACCAAUGCAUAGCAACGCGGUUGAAGCUUCACGAAGAGAAGCAAGCACUUCUGCAGAAGCUACUGGAAGCGCUCAAGGAGUACAUCCACCUGGAAAACCAGCUCAAAUCCCUGUCCGCCAGCACCCUCUCGAUCAGCAGCAGCUCCAGCUUGGGCUCCCUGUCUACAGCCAGCAGCAAAGGAUCGCUCAGUGGGCUCAGCUUCACCGACAUCUACGGAGACCCGUUGUCCACGGAACCUCAGAUCGAUAUGGUCGACAUCAACCGACAAGUUCAACGGCUAUUCCACCCCAGUUCGGAGGUGUCGUUAUCGCCGCGUAGCAGCCUAUCGCAAGAAACUCCACCUGCCUCUCCGAUGAAAUUGGAAUGGAACGGCGGCGAGGCGUCGUCCAGCAAGAGUUCCGCUCCGUUCAACAUUCCAGCACCGAGCUACGCAUCCGACUACAGCCUGGACAGCCAGCGGAUGGAAGAGAAAAUCCGACAACUGGUCAUAGCUCCACUCUCGCCAUUAUCACCAAUAGACGAGAAUCCCACGUACCUUGACAUCCCACCGGAAGUCCUCCUGAGCCGGUCGUCUUCCACCUCCAACACGCGAUCCGUGUCGACCACCGUGAGCGACGAAUCCGUAGCCGGCGAUUCGGGAGUCUUCGAAGCGUCCCGAGCGCUGCUCGCCAACAAGGAGUGCGCUCAAAUACAGAUUGGCAUUCGCUACACCAUGGCCGACUGCACCCUGCGCAUAGCGAUCGAGAGGGGACGGAACCUGACGGCUCUCUGCAGACCGGACGGCUGUCAGCUGUUCGUGCGAGCGAUCCUCCUACCCGGAACGGCGUCGAACUUCAUCCGAACGAACGCCGUGACGGACUUUGUGAAGCCGGUCUUCCAAACGUGCCUCCUGGCGCAGAUGCCGCUGGACAAGGUGUACACGAAGUCGUUACACGUCAAGGUCAUGGUCACCAUCGGGCAGCGGGAGGACUGGGUGGGCAGCACGCAGAUCAGCCUGGCAGAGUUCAACCCGACGGACGGCAGCAGCAAGUGGUACAACAUCAUCAGCCGGAAGUCGAUGAACGAGAUGGACGGACUGGAGGGAUGUUCGGGGCUGGGGAUCAAGGAGGAAUCCUCGGACGAAUCGACGAUCAUCUCGUCGCAGACGUCGACGCUGACGCGAAACCAAGGCCAGGAAGAACUGCAGGCAGUGCUGGAGAUGGGCUACUUCGACGAUCUGGGCGGGGAUGAUGAUGAGGAUGACGAGGACGACGAUGAGGAUGAUGAGGGGAAGAAUGCAGGAGAUGAGAUUGACGAGGAGAUGGCAAAUCAAGCGGCGACUCAGCUGAUGAUUGAGGAGUUCAUGAAUAGCGUGAAGGGUACGAUCGCCACGGACGAGGGCGAGGCCGAGGAAGCGAUCGCACUGCCAGUGGAGAAGGUCGACAAGGAAACCAAUACGGAGUGUGCCUUUCUGCCGGAGAAAGGACGACGGCGGUUGCACGACCCGGCACGCAACAGUAACGGAACGAUCGACGAAAAUGCGGUUAUUGACGAUCGGCUCGUGAAGCGAUCGCAGACCUUCUCGCCAAGUGCCGUCGCCAGCAAAGCCCGCUACAUCUGCCGGUUGAACCGGAGCGAUUCGGACUCGGCCAUGCACUUCAACAACCCGGUGACGCCGCAUCCGUUCAAACGGGGGGCCGUCGAGCGAAGGUCUCUGCGGUAUCACAGCCGUGCUCCCAAGGUGUACCACAAAAUGCACCCGGCCGUACCGCGCACUAGUCUGGACCUGGAACUGGACCUGAAGGCACAGCAAACCAAGCUGGAAACGCAACUGGGCGAAAUCGGCCGGUUGCGGGACCUCAAGAAGCGCCUGGAGCUGGCGCGGGACAACAACGACGUCAAGGUCGCCACCUGGGCGCUCGAGAACGAAGACUUCCUCAAGCUGAUCAAGAACGCGGGCAGUGCGAGCACGCCGGAGGAGAAACACCUUGCGAAGCACCUGCACAAAACCUCCAAGGAGAUCUACAAGCUGCGAAAAACCAAAGCCGGCAAGGGAAAGCUGGAUCUGAUUUCGUUCAAAGAAAAGAUGGCCUUCUUCACUCGGCGUGGAGUUUCCGUGCCGGAGCUUCCGCUCGACAUCCUGCAGCAGGACGAUGGCGAAGAGCUGUCGUCCAGUGCGUGCAACUCUCCGAGCAAACCGGUGGAUCCGUGCGGGGAACCGUCCGCAUCGACGAGCAGGGGCUGCCAGUUUUCGUACGAUGACGUCGACCGGACUUACGGCGUCCAGGUGUAGUACGAGCGGGGUGGGGUAACCAAUUCGACACCUAUCCAACAGCAAAUUCGGAACAUGACAAAUGUUGGCGUCUCAGUAGGCGCCGGCAGACACACACACACAAACACAAACCAGAAAUAGGCUGGAUCAAAACACACACAUACAAACACACAAACACUUUCGUAAGGGUAGAUCCGCCACAAAACAGGGGUUUUUCGAUUUAACUUUUGAGUAGGAAGAAGAUGGGAUUUAGUAGAAGCCAAACUCUGCGCUUUGUUCUGCGAACCAAAGCUCUAUGUGCAUUUACGAGAUAAGAUUAGCGUUUUAGCGAGAAGAGAGGGGACGGGAAGAGAUAGAGAACAGAAGAAGGAACUUGAAGGCGAAUCUAGUAGGCGGCGAGAAGGUCGCCUAGUACUGCGCCGCUACUUCUACUACUACUUCUACUUCUGGUACUGUCUGUAUAGAUUUGUUUUUAACGCUGCGGCGCGGGAUAGAGGAGUCGUCCUCGAGGAUGACCGGAUCAUAAGGGGGGAAGGCGGGGAUUAGAACAGGGUGGGACUGUUUUUAUUUCAUCUCCGAUAAAGCUUGCGAUUUUAGCCAGUGAGAGUGAGGAAUGCAUGCGGGAUGAACGAGAGAGAUAGCUAUAUAUAUGUUGUAGGUAGAGAGACACGGGAUUAGGAAUGUUCUUUUAAUGACUGACUGAGAGACCGGUGGAGUCAAGGUGGAAUGUGCAAUAACUUUGUAAAUAUAUUUAAAAUUUGAACAGCAGAAUUGGUGUGAUUGGUUGGAUGUUUGUGGAAGAAGAGGUGCAUCGAAAGAAGGGGUAUAUUUUACUAAAGAAAUUGAUGUUCUCUGUUUUCCGAGAUACGUGCUAUGGUACGAGUGGUAGGGGUUUCUGUGAGGGACACAUUAUGGAAAACCAAAUACAGUAGACGUUCGAUAAUUGCAGCAUGUUCACAUUUCAUUUACGAAUGUAAUUCUCUAACUGCAACGACUGACAGGCGUCAAACGUUUGUCAAUUCAUGUCGGAUGCAGCCUGAAUACACACAAAAACAUCGCAUUGCAGUUGUAGUGCAUAAGAAAAACAUCGCAACUCAGCUGACGUUUUUAUUUUGACAGAUUGCGAUGCGAUAACUGCAACUGUAUUGCAAGGACUUGCAGUUAAAAAGCAUUGCAGUUAAAGCGUAUACACCGAGCGAACGUCUACUGUAAUCCCACCGGAAAUUACACUUAAGAAAUUCCUGAAGGAAUCCGUAGAAAAAUUUGUGGAGGAUUUUCAAGACAAACACAGAACAGCUGACGUUCGAUAACUGCAACAUGUUUACGUUUCAGUUACCGAAUGAAAUUCGUUAACUACAACGACUGACAGCCGUCAAACAGUUGUCAAUUGCUGUUGGACGCAGCCAGAAUGCACUAAAAACAUCGCAAUGCAGCUGUAGUGCAUCUAAAAAACGUUGCAACUCUGUUGACGUUUUGUUUUUGACAGAUAGCGGUGCGAUAACUGGAAAACUGUUGCACUUAGCGGACUUGCAGUUAAAAAGCAUUGAAGUUAAACCGUUUGCACCGAGCGUCCGUCUACUGUAGCAAACAAAACCCGCACUACUCGUACUCGUACCACGCAACACAACUCGGCUAAAAAUAAUUGCCACACUGCCUUUGAUUAUUUGUUGAACCAAAAAAACAGUUAAACUAAAUCCAUAGCACGUGAAUCGAUGUCUAUUUUCUAUUGUAACUUCAUUCAUUGUUGUUGUUUGCAGAAGCGCAAAUCAGUUAAAACCUUACAAAUGAUCUAUUUAAAGGAAGCUUAAAAAAUUAAUGGCAUAAUGUUGAUGUUUUUCGGUUGUCCUUUUUACCUGUUUUUGUUUUACAGUAGAUGUUCGCUAACUGCACUGACAGGCGUCAAACGGCUGCCAGUUCAUGUUUGACGCAGCCAAACUGCAUUUAAAAACAUCGCUGAAGUGCAUUCGAAAACAUCGCAUCACAGCUGACGUUUCGUUUUUGGCAGAGAGCGGUGCGAUAACUGCAAUUUGUGUGCAGUUACCUGGCUUGCAGUUAAAAAUCAUUGCAGUUGAAGCGUUUGCACCGAGUGAACGUCCACUGUAUUAUAAACAACUGUUUACCCAAAAGAAAUUGAGGUUCGUUUCGUAUGAACACGGUAAACACGGACAAACCGAAGUUGUGAGAAAUUGUACCUUGUGUGUAAUGCGUCCUGUAACGAUUACACGAACCAUGGCCUUAACGGAUCCAAGUAAGCCUUGCGCCUAUCGCAAGCGAUUUUAACGCGUUUCACGUGACUGUUUUUAACGUAUUGCAGCAACAAAAAAGGAACGAUAACGCACGGAUAGCAAAUCAAAAAACGAAAGAAACUGUAUAAAAUGUGCCUUAUGUAACGGAUUACAAAUCAAUUUAACACUAAAGCGUAGUAUUUAACGGGGCUGGGGAGAAAGAAUGAUGGUGGAAAAAUGGGGAAGAGUUGAGAAUUUGAGGGGAGAAGAGCUAUAACAAAAGAGCUUGCAAAUUAACAAAACUUGAAUUACUACUACUAAAAAAACAAACAAACAGGAAACAGGUUAGUGUGAGACUGCAAAAUGGCGGUCGGAAAACCACGUUGCGAUGAGCUUUUUAUGUUAACACAACAACAAAAAAUCAAACAACUAAAAUCAAAAAAACACGAUGCUUAAAUUUGUCAAGUAAAACUGUGCCCAAAUCUAGUAUUUUCGAUUUGUUAGUGUUGUUGUUUUUUUUUAAUGGGAGCGCUGUGUACUAUAGGUGUAUUAGGUAGGGUGAGAAGCGGAGAGAGCGAGGAGAGAAUAGUUUACAAACAAACUCGGAAAAGUCGACUGCAAUGAGAAACGUCUAGCGUAGGCGCCGCAACUUUGUACAGAGAGAGAGAGAGAGAAGUGUUGCGAUGGGAAGGAGAGGGAGCGCGAUGAGAAACAAAACGAGAGAGUGUAGGCGAAACUUUCGUGCAAAGCUGUAAAAUAAGAAAACUGAACUUUGAUUGCCAAUAACACACACUUUUACGCUAGCCUGAGGUAACAAUAUGGGGAGUGAGAUGAAACGCGAAUGCGAGCGAGCAUGGGCGAACGUUUUGAAUAUUGAAUUUGUUAUUUAAUUUUUAUAUCUGUAGCUAUUACUAUAUAUUUACAUAGUUUUUACAGGAGAAGAAAAUGCCUAAUAAAAUUGAAAAAAAGAUCUGAGAUGUAA